GUUGUAGCCGUCCUCGUCCUCGUCGUAGCCGUCAUAGCUGUUGUCGUCGCUGCCCCCCCUCCUUAUCGUUGUCGUCGUCGUUGUCGUCGUCAUUGUGUGUGGGUGGGUCUUGCAUUUUUCUUUAGCUACUUUUUUUUUUUUUCUCGCGUGUAUCGUUUGAUUGAUACAACGCGUCGCGGGCGCUCGUCCCUUCACGUAUUGAUCUCCCGCUGCCUUUUCGGUCGGAAGGCUGGUUGUGGUGACUGGUUGUGCGUGGGUUGCUCCAUUGUGCGUGUUGGUCUUGAGCAGGAACCUCUGCCAGUAUGAAGCUGCUGGUUGUCUUUGCAGCCGCUCUGGCUGCUUUGGCACUGGCGGUCCAAGGUCAUGGUGACUGUGGCCUGGACUUGCCCGAGCUGCGCCGUUUUCGCCUCAACAACGGUAGCACCCAUCAGCGCCGCGACAGCAGCGAGUAUGCCGAUGCACGAUACCAGCUACCUGAAGCAACCACGGAUGGCGCUGCAACCCCCGAGUGCACUCGCAAUGGGGCCGCAAGCCCCCUUGGUUAUGGUUACUCCGAGUGCUUCAUCCCCAUCGUCUCCAAUGCCUACGGCAGCGUGAGCAACCGCGCAAAUCUCAACCUCAAGCUCCAAGUCCUAGCCCUUCGCAGCGUAACCGAGACUUAUGUAUCGUCGUCCCAGGUGGACGAAGCCGUGGGCAACCUGAACAGCUUGUUUGCAGAGGCCGAUAUCCAAUUCGAUCACGAUACUUCCAUUGAGAUUAGCACAUCGCGUUUUAAUAGUCUUGAUCAAGCCAACAAUGGCGCUGGCGUGAACUCGAGGCAGCUGGAUUACGUCAUCAACUACUUUUACGAUGUCUUCAACAUGGGCUCGACUGCAUCGGCACGAGACUACCACACCUACAUUCUCGUCACCAAGUUGGACGUGGACAGCAUUCGCGGCGUCUGCUACCCCGACAUUGCCAUGAUGGAGGAAAUGCCAGAUUCUAGUGGCAAUGCUCAAAGUCUCUUGGGCAAUCUUUGCAUCGUCGACUACCGCUACUUUUUGUCAUCGUCGCAGGGCGGCGCCUCCGACUCUACCGGGGCAACGACGGCUCAUGAAGUUGGCCAUUCUUUGGGACUACUGCAUACGCACCAAGGUGUCAACUUUGAGUCCAACCUGCUCAACUAUUGUGCGUCUGGUGGCGAGGAGCCCAGCUGCUACGCAAGCGCAUAUGAGGGCAAUUCAUACUACUUUAGCGACUUUUUGGCAGAUACGGCCGCGGUGCCCAAUCUCAAUGCCGUCCGCAACGGCACCUCGGGAUCAUCUGCCAAUUCUUUCAACACGGCCUCCUGCACUACCGGCAGUAGCUUUCCCACCGACUGCAACGGCAAUGAGUUUCCGGAUUCUGACCGCAGCGUGAAGAACAUCAUGUCCUACACCGUCAAUAGCUGUCGCACCCGAUUCAGCAGCGAGCAAAUUGGCCGCAUGCACUGCUUCGUUGACCGCCGUCGUGCUGAGCCCCAAAGCCAGCGACCAUUGAUGGUCACCGUACCCACUUUUUACAACCAGUCGUGCGUCCAAGUGCAGUGGCUGCCUCCUCUUGACUUCUUGCGCGCAAACUCGCGAGGCAGUUCGCUGGUGGCACCCAGCAGCGUGCAAUAUGUUCUGACUCGCACACCCGGUUUUUCGGGAGGUGACAAGGUCUUUUCCUCAAACGUGUAUCGAUUCCUUGACAAUGAUCUGGGCGGAGCAUCUCCCUAUGACUUUUCGUACCGCGUGUUUGCCCGGGAAAACAGCGUUGACGGUGUCAAGACUGGCUUUGUGGCCGUGCGCGAAGAGUCCUCGGGUUUCACAGCUACCGCCUCCGCCCUUGCGUUGGCGCUCAUGGCGCUGGUCGCCGUCUUUAUCUAAGUGUUUGCCCAGCACAAAGCCUGUUCUUCGUGGUUUGUCGUCCGCGAGAAAGGAUCAACUGGGUGUUGUCUUUUUUCCAUACAGCUCAGAUAAGCCUGGACGCUCGUCUUCGUCCAGGCUCGUCUUGACUUGAUCGUGCGCGUACGGAUGGCUCAAGUAUGCAGAUGUGUGUGUGCAAUUGUGUGCGCACUGUUUUCUCUUCUGGACGCUUGUGUCGUGACCCCCGCUCAGUUUCGUUUUGGGCGGCUGGUCGUCAAGGGGAUGCCGAAUGCAAUUGACUCUGCCUGU